GAAAAGGAUGCUGACAAGUCUUUAUAUAUAUACAUACUUUCUUCCCCGAACAAACAGACAUACCAUGUUUGUUCUUUUCAUCAGUUUUGAAGAUACAUGCAGAUCGCCUGUGGUCACACCGACCGCCUCCACAUUCGGCAGAAUCUUUUGUGCGACCGCCUUUCACAGCCGACUGCAGAGAUGGUGGACGCGCUUAUUUUUCUGCAAGAUCACAAAGCUGAUUUGCAGCACAUUGGUGAGACUCUCACGCAGCAAACGCAGCGAAGGCAUGCGACCAAGGAGUUGAUGCUGGCGACUUGCUUUUGCAUUUUUUUUGAGUAUCUCCCAAUUGCAGAAAGUGGUGAUGCAGCCAGAGUACUUGAAACCUUCUCAGGGGUCCUUAGUCGGCCUGAUGAUUUUUUGGAGGAUUUGAUGAAGUUGCGCGCGCAAGGCGUACCCAAGGACAAAAUCUUUCGGCUGCAACCUCUAAUUCACGAGGUGAACAUCAACGGCACAGAUUCGAGAGGAGUCUUGGAUUCGCUCACUGCGUUUGCUAGAGCAGCUCUUGAAAGCGCGCAGAUCUACUGCGAGAUCAGAGAUGCUGCCGAGAAUGGACAAAUUGACAGACAGCAGGCAGCCAAUCUGUUGGACUGCCUCGAAAGUGACCAAAGGAGAAUGGUGACCGCCAUGGACAACCAUGCGGAGGGUGAAUUAGCCUCACCAUAGCCGAACGCGUGUCACCUUGUAGAUAGCUUGAGAACGCAUACAUUGUACGCAUUCUUUGGCCAUUGCCGGAGUUCCGGACAGUGGAGUUGACCUUUCUAGGACAGGAUGAGGCCAGUCAGACCGUAUGCCAGAUCUGAUA